AAACACACACACACUCAUUCACACGCCCAUUGGCAGACACGGCCACACCUCACAGCCCUGGGGAAAGCCACAGACCUCAGUACAAGCUGAACCUGAACUAGAGGAACUUUCCGCCGGACUCGGGACAAACAGCCGCACCGACACGACUGUCUGCGAGCCGGAGCCCAGGCGAGCGCCGGCGGCCGCAGGUACUCCGGAGCGCCCGCGGCGGGGCCUGGGCGGUGCGGCGGCGGCUGCAGCGGGAGGGUCCCGGCGGCCGAGGCCGUGCCAGUGCGCGCGCGCCAGCCGCCUCCCCUCCGCCCCUCGCCGCCGGCCUCGGGCAUCCGCGCCGGGUAGUCCCGCCGCCCGCCACGGUCCUGAACAUGGCCGCGCGCCCCGCCGCCCCCCUGGCCUGGGCGCUGCUGCUCCUCUCCUGGGUUCUGCUGCGCGGCGGCUGCCGAGCGCGCUUCGCCGCCGAGGCGGACUCCGAGGACGACGAAGAGGAGGUGGUGGUUUUCCCCGAGUCGCCCCUGCAGAGACCCACGGUGCUGGUGGUCGUCCUCGCGCGCAACGCUGCGCACACGCUGCCUCACUUCCUCGGCUGCCUGGAGCGCCUGGAUUACCCCAAGAGCAGGAUGGCCAUCUGGGCGGCCACUGACCACAAUGUGGAUAAUACAACAGAAAUACUCAGGGAGUGGCUGAAAAAUGUACAGAAAGCCUAUCACUAUGUGGAGUGGAGGCCUAUGGAUGAACCUGAGUCUUACCCUGAUGAAAUUGGACCAAAGCACUGGCCUGCCUCCCGUUUUGCCCACGUGAUGAAACUACGGCAGGCAGCCCUUCGAACUGCGAGGGAAAAAUGGUCAGACUACAUUCUGUUUAUAGAUGUUGACAACUUCUUGACUAAUCCGCAGACCCUCAAUCUACUGAUCGCAGAAAACAAAACCAUUGUGGCCCCCAUGCUGGAGUCUCGGGGCUUGUACUCUAAUUUCUGGUGCGGAAUCACACCUCAGGGCUUCUAUAAACGAACCCCGGACUAUCUUCAAAUUAGAGAAUGGAAGAGGUUGGGCUGCUUUCCGGUCCCCAUGGUUCAUUCCACAUUCCUAAUUGACCUCAAGAAGGAAGCCUCUGACAAGCUGAUGUUCUAUCCCCCGCACCAGGACUACACCUGGACCUUUGAUGACAUCAUCGUCUUUGCCUUCUCCAGCAGGCAAGCAGGCAUCCAGAUGUACCUCUGCAACCGAGAACACUAUGGCUACCUGCCCAUCCCCCUGAAGCCGCAUCAGACCUUGGAGGAGGACGUCGAGAACCUCAUCCACGUGCAGAUAGAAGCGAUGAUUGACGGUCCUCCAAUGGAACCUUCCCAGUUUGUCUCAGUUGUCCCUAAAUAUCCAGACAAGAUGGGAUUUGAUGAGAUUUUCAUGAUAAACCUCAAGCGCAGAAAGGACAGGCGAGACCGGAUGUUACGCACCCUGUAUGAACAGGAGAUUGAGGUCAAGAUUGUGGAGGCUGUGGAUGGAAAGGCACUCAACACAAGCCAGCUGAAGGCCCUGAAUAUUGAAAUGCUGCCUGGAUAUCGAGAUCCCUACUCCUCCAGGCCUCUAACCAGGGGUGAAAUCGGCUGCUUCCUUAGCCACUACUCUGUCUGGAAAGAGGUAAUUGACCGGGAGCUGGAGAAGACUCUUGUUAUUGAGGACGACGUGCGUUUUGAACAUCAAUUUAAAAAGAAGCUGAUGAAGCUGAUGGAUGACAUUGAUCGAGUUCAGCUGGAUUGGGAGCUGAUUUAUAUUGGUAGGAAGAGGAUGCAAGUAAAAGAACCAGAGAAAGCUGUGCCCAACGUGGUAAAUCUGGUUGAAGCUGACUAUUCCUACUGGACCCUCGGCUAUGUCAUCUCUCUGGAAGGAGCACAGAAGCUGGUUGGAGCAGAUCCUUUUGGGAAGAUGCUCCCAGUGGAUGAGUUUCUGCCAAUCAUGUACAACAAGCAUCCUGUUGCUGAGUACAUGGAGCAUUACGAAUCCAGGGACUUGAAAGCCUUCUCUGCAGAACCCUUGCUCAUCUAUCCCACGCACUACACAGGCCAGCCAGGGUAUCUGAGUGACACGGAGACCUCGACCAUCUGGGACAAUGAGACAGUGGCCACUGACUGGGACAGGACACAUGCCUGGAAAUCCCGGAAGCAAAGUCGCAUCCAUCGCAACGCAAAGAACACAGAGGCCCUGCCACCACCAGCCUCCCUGGACACCACACCUUCCAGAGAUGAGCUAUGAAGGCUCCAUGGAGGGCUUACUACACUUUGGUUUUCCUAAUGGGCCAACCAUCUGUUUGCUCCAGUUUCUUUUAAUGGUUACAGUGACCUAACCAAAGCAGUCUAAUGUGAUUGAUCAAAAUUGAUAUAUAUUUUUUGACAGGGGAAGAGAAUAGGGAAACUAAACCCAAAUCUUCUAGGAUGGCUAGAAGAUAGGCUUUCUGGCCACCAUUAGGAUGAACUUCAACCCAGACACCUUGCCCUUUAGUUCAUUUCCCAUGAUACUGGUUCCCACAUUAAGGUUGAACAGCAGAGCUCAGAGAUGCUCACUCAAGGGAAAGGUGAUCACCAACGCUGUCACAUCAAUAAAUGGGUAGGCCCGGCAGCCUAUCCAACUGGACCAUAUCUAGUGGUCUGGUGGGCCCCGUUUUAUGUCAUAGAUGUGACCUUGAAAACUUGAGUAUGUUCCAAGUUUGGUGGUGGGGGAUGGGAGGGCAGGAAUCAAAUAAUUUAAAAAUCAAAUUAAUCGGGCUUUUUCUUUAAAGGUAUUUGUCAUGAGCCUUAUUGCAAAGUGAGCUUUGCAUCUUAGUCUCCGUUAUCCAACAGGGAUGGGUAUUUGGGUCUGUCUGAGACUUGGCCUUUGACUAUCAUGACAACUGAAGCUCUCAUAAAGAGCUGUCCAGUUUGCCAUGUGGAUAUAUUGAAUAUAGUUUCAUAGAUAUUUGAGGGUGUGUGUAGCUAUUUGAAGAAAACACUCAAGCUUUGGCUUUCUUUAUUAUGGUCACUUGAGUUGGGAUGCUCUAUUUAUGAAGAUAAAUUUAAUAUAUAAGGGGCUGGGGCUGGUCUGUAAUUGCUGUCCCAGGGGUUCAUGUGCUGCCCCAGCAGGUCAGACUCUCCCAUCCCCCCUGAGCCUGGGAGUGAAUUGCAGGCGUGAGUUUCAUGAGUCUGUUGAGAGAAAGAGCACAUGUUCAGGCCAGCAACUGUCCUUGCCUGGGAUUUUCAUUCUACUUUGAAUUAUUUAUUUUUAUAAAAUAUUGGGGGUUGGGGGAGAGUCUGCAGGAUAAGGCAGAGAAACAGAUGCAUCAGGCUUUCAUCACUCCCGGGAAGUGGUCAGUGUAGACUUAUUGGUUCCAGAACCUGGUUUUUCUGCAUUUCCCAGGCCUGUUGAAUGGGAGAGUCUAACCUUCUGGAAACAAAUGAUUCUCCACUUCAGGUGAGAGACCUUGGCUAGAAACAAUGGACUGAUCAACUGACAUAGGCCAACACCCAGGGAAGCUCUUAGGGUCCCAAUCCUGGGCAGACCACCUCUCUGCUUUUUCCAUAAAUGGAUUUUAUGUAAAAUGCAGAGUUGGACUACAUCAUCUCUUCCAGUGCUGCCGUCUGUGAUAUCUCAUGAUGGUUUGCUUCAGGUAUCUGUUCUCAUGCCCACAAGCAGUAAAACUCAGUCUCCAGAAAUCCCCGCCCCAAGCGUCCUGUCCACACCGGCUCCUCUCCCCGUGUCCUGGGUGUUGGACUCCGAGCUUCAUGCUUGGGAACAGAGCCCCAGGGUGGCCUUGCUGAGUGUACCCAUGAAGGUACUGCUGACUGCUCCCCAUGAAGGCCCCCGGCUGCAGGACAACCAGGCAGCUUCCCCCCACAGAACGCCAGCCUUGGCCUUCCCUCUUGACAUAUGGUUGGUUCUUCUGCAUUGACCAGUGAGCCAGGAGACAGAGGAGGGGGAUCUCAGCUCACUGAUUUUUACUGCUUAGAAAUGGCAGUCAGAACUUGAUUCUUUGUCUAGAAAAACAGAGCAUCUGGGGAGCUAAUGAAAAACACUUAAGUGAUUCCUAAGGUUUCCUUGGGUAUUUUGUAUUUUGCUUGAAUAUUUGAGUGUGUGCAAGUGUGCAUGAAUUUUAUGUGUUUUUUUUUGUUUUUUUUGUUUUUUAUAAAGAGGGUGGGAGGUGGCUGAGGUAUUAGGAGUGGAAAUGGAGGCAGAUUGAAUUAAUUUUUGUGUGGUUUUGUUUAAUAGAGAACAUUGGUGUAUUUUCUUUUUCCCUGUCAGCUGGUCUGGUGGGUUUAUGCAUUCUCAUUCUUAAAAGACAUGGUUGAUAAAUUCUAGAAUAUUAGCUUAGGACUGUUCUACUGUGAAUAAAGUUCUGGCUUUGUCAGCCCAGCCUUUGUUUCUCUUCACUCAGGUCUAGAAUCCCAAGCAAUGUUCUUUUGUUGUGAACAUUGUGAACUGCAGAUCCAGCAUUUCUUAAAAAAAAAAAAAAUCACCAGUUCAGCAGUCCAGGGAUUCCUUGACCUCAUUACUCUUCCUCCCUCCCGUCUAGCCUAGCCUUAAGUCAAGACAUUUGACCUUGGCAGUGUCAGAGGACUUUGCCUCCAGCCAUGGCACCUGCUGUCUGCCUCUGGAAGUUAAACCCUCUCUGGAUUUUGCGAUGCAAGGUGGAAUCUUCUGGAUGGACAACCUUGACUUCAGUGGUGCUGGUGCUGCUGAGUGUGGACUGAGCGUCUACCAUCUGCAGAGGACACACUGCUUGGGCCUUGCUUUGUUCACCGGGGCCUGCUGCAGGAUCUGGGAAGCAAGAGCUGGCAUCCCAGCCUCCGCUACUGUCUGUCAUGCUCUGUUGUUUCAGGGUGGGGAAGUGAUAAAUGACUUGCCUUCUAGAGCUUGCUGUGAAACAAAUUAAAAAACAAUGUGCAA